AUGGUCGAACGAUGUUCUUCGUCUUCGCUCUCGUCAAUGGCGCCGCGGGAAGAAAAGCCCGAUGCAAUGAGCAGUAGCAUGCUAGAUCAAUUCUAUGCCCAGUACAACAACAGCACAAACCAUCAUCCCCAAAAUCGUACGCGGCAGCAGCCGCCGCCGCCGCCAACACUGCAACCGCAUGGCACCCCGAGUCCCAUGGCUUUGAAUCGGCAACAUGAAUCGCAUCUCAAGUUGCAGGCUGAAACAGCAGAGGCGAAGAGGAUGUGCCACAUGGUGAUAAACGUAUUGAGACAGCAGAGGUCUGUUGAUCAUAAAACCAUGGAAAAGCUGGCAUUUUGCAUGAAGUUCUUGAACCAUCCAAACAGCGAUAAAUCCGCGGAGAAGCUGGCUUUCAUCAAGAAGUGGAUGUACUCUGUAGUUCAACAGUCGACGCCAAGAAAGCCAGCUUCUUUGUCGUGCACUUCAGGGCAAUCUUCCUCUUCUAAUAUGCUUCCAGCAGAAGAUGCCCGACAGCCACAUCCACAGCCUCCAGCUGGUAGUUUUCAUGGGCCAACUGUUAGUAAUGUCCUCCCACCGCACUUGUGCGAUAAUGUACCGAAUCAAAGUACUACCACAACCUCUCACUUGGGACCUGUUCCCCCCAAGCGUGGGCGUCCAAAGCGCCCACAGAAGUCAGGGGAAGCUUUCCUGCUUGAAAAACCGGAGAAGAAAGUUCAGAAACGCCAAGGAAUGCUAGAUGUCAAAGUGAAACAGGAAACACAGCUGCAGCAGCAGCAGAAGCAGGUUUUUGCUAAUGAAAAGCCCCAAAAAUCUGUGGAUGUUAAAAGUACUGGGACAUCAAAGGUUCUUCAUCAGAAACCAGCUCCUGCGAAAGCAGUUGUGCAUAAUCAACAUGUUAAGUCUGCUACACUACCACCUUCUUCCUCUGAUUCGGAGCUAGAGAAGACGGGCAUAAUGACUGAUCAAGCUUUAGCUGCGACUGUUUCGGGUAGGAAAGUGACAGAAGAACCCUUCAGCCACUUGGUUAAUUUGGUUCAGCGGAUAUCCGGCAAAGCAUUAAGUGCUUCUGUGGAUGAGAUUUGGUCAAUAGUUAACUUGAGUGAUCGUAUCCCUGGGGGAAAGAAGAUGAAUCGCUGGUUUGAUGUGGUUUCCAGUUCCUCAUUUGAUCCCGACAUAUCAACUGCUGGGGUUGAGAGAAAUCAAGCUCUCCGGGAGGAAGUAAGAACGAUAAAUCAGCAGCUAGUCGAUACUGAUGUAGCGAUUAUUCCAGAUGGUAAUGCAAGGACCAUAAUGAAGUGCUCGUUUAACGCGGCCUCCAUCUCGCCGAUGCAACCAAUUGAGCCCUUGAAAUUGCUUGUCCCCGCAAACUAUCCUCAAUCCUCUCCUGUAUUACUGGAAACGUUGCCAGUGGAGAUCAGUGGCGAGGAUGAUCUUUCUGUAAAAGCCAAGUCAAGGCUGCACCGCUGCCUGAGAAGUCUGCUCCAUCCGGUGACAUUGGAGGACAUAGCGAGGAGUUGGGAUGUUUGUGCAAGACAAGUCAUUACCGAGUAUGCAUUACAGAAUGGUGGCGGGAGCUUCAGCUCACAGUAUGGAACCUGGGAAACUGUCGAGGAUUGCCUCCAAUCGUUAGAACGAAGUGGGAGUAGGCACUGUCUGUCUGUCAUGGACAUGGGUGCAGCAAGUGCCUACCUCUCACCGUCACGGUGGUCGCUCCCUCUAAUUCCGCCGCCGUCGCCGUCGCCGUCGCCGCCGCCGCCGCCGCAAGAAUCCAUACCUUUCUCAAGAGUAUCCUGCUGCUCUUCUCGGCUCUCUUCUUCCGCUGUCACUUCUGGCAGUGGCAGCAGCAAAACAGCGACCUUAUCCGCAAUUCAGAGUUCUGGCAUCAUUGCCUGCCUUUGCUCCUCCUGUGCGGAGAUUGCUUUUGAAGCUGCUUCUGCUGCAUUGGAUGGCGGCAUCUCAGUUCUGGAGAUCACGAUGUCAACCCCAGGUGUGUUUCAGGUUUUGAAACGCUUGGUUGAGGCAUACCCGGCAGCAUUCUUAGGGGUUGGCACAGUUUUGAGUGCUGCGGAUGCCAUGAACGCAAUGAAUGCUGGAGCCAGAUUCCUCAUGAGCCCUGCUACUGUGAAGGAUGUUAUGAAUGUUGUUCAAGGUACUGAAGUUCUUUACAUACCUGGUGUAAUGACACCAACAGAAAUACUGUGUGCAUACAAUGGCGGUGCUAGUAUUGUCAAGGUAUAUCCUGUUUCUGCAUUGGGUGGAGUCCAGUACAUUGCAGCCCUCAAGAAGCCUUUCUCCGAUAUACCAAUGGUUGCUUCUCAAGGAAUAACAACAGAUUCUUUAGGGGACUAUAUAACCGCUGGAGCUUCAGCAGUCGUUCUGUCAGAUGCCAUAUUCAGUAAAGAGGCAAUGCUGCUGAGAGAUUUCAGCAAAAUACAUCAACUAGCACUUCAUGCUUCUUCGCAGGGGAAAGAAGCUGUGCACGGGUAAAUGUGUUUUACUUGAACAGUGAAGAUGCUAGGCGAGGUUUGGUGAUAUCAAGUAUAUUCGUAGUACUACUACAAUGCUGCUACAGCAGCCAUGGCCAGUACCUUCAAAUGCAAGCUAACUCCUAAUUUUCGAAGUAGGCCCCUCUUGAUACCGAGAAUACGAUACCCCUGUUAUAAAGCGAGCAGAACACUUUGAACGCCAUCAAAACCAAGAUCAUUACUGCAGUCAAAAGCGUCGGUGACUGCCAAGAAGCAAACACAUAUUGCCCCAUAAACCUCCCAAUCCUCACCUUCCAUUGUCCAAUGUAAUACAAGUUCACCUCUGCAAUGACCUCAUCCAGAAAAGCCACUCUGGUCAGGCUAAUCGAAUUGCUCGUCCCGUUCCACAAAUCUGCCGCAUCAUGGGUCACUCCUCAAGUGAUUCAAAACCACAUUACCACACCCACAGCCUCACAUCCUUCCGAGUGUCAGUGAUCCCAUUCAUCAGCUCCGUGUGUCGUGUGAAAACCGGCGGCCCUUCGUGAGUAAUGUCAUUCAAAUAUUACAUCUCAUUAAAAUUUAUUUUUCGUUGGAGAUGAGAAAAUCAAAAAUUGUAAAAUCGUAUUAGAUGUUGUACUGAAAAAUUAAUAAUAUGUUAUUUUAUUAUUAUUAAAUCAUGG